UAUGAUGGACAAUUUAUUUCCCAGUGCAAAGUCAACAUAACACAGCAAAACCUACAACAAUUAUUAACAUUUUUGUGCGGGGCUCAUGAGGCUGGGGAGUCAGUCGGAGGAGGAGAGGAGCUCCGGGCGCAACUUUCCCGGGGAUACACCGCAUCUGGCCCGGCGUCAUGGCGCUCUACCACGGCCGUCUCGGAGUGCCGUCCUCGGCUCUGAGUCUUUCCGGACCCCCGCUCAUCUACCUGUACGGGGGGGACACCGGCGGGGUGGUGCCGGCAGCUCUGGGCUUCGUCCCCGCCCGUCAGGAGCCUCCUCAGAAGCCUCCCUACAGCUACAUCGCGCUCAUCGCCAUGGCCAUCAAGAGCGCACCGGAGCAGCGCGCAACGCUCAGCGGCAUCUACCAGUUCAUCAUGGACCGGUUCCCGUUUUAUCACGACAACAAGCAGGGCUGGCAGAACUCCAUCCGACACAACCUGUCCCUGAACGACUGCUUCAUCAAAGUGCCCAGAGAGAAGGGGCGUCCCGGUAAAGGCAGCUACUGGACCCUGGACACCAAAUGCCUGGACAUGUUUGAGAACGGAAACUACCGGCGGAGGAAGAGAAAAGCCAAGAGCCAGCUGGACGCACCGGACUCAAAAGGCACCGGACACAAGCGCGUAAAGGGCCCGGGGCCAUCCAGGGACCCUCAGCCCAAGACGCAUGACGCAGAGGCGGUGGGCGCACCGGGGGAGUCGGACCCCAAACCCGUUCUGGUCGAGUUCAACCACGCGGAUCAGCAGCAGAACCCCCCCCAACAGAGACUAAAAGUGUCCCCGAACCAGGACAACCCCGGGUCCGCGGCUCCACAACCGGACCAGACCGGACCGUGGAUGGACGGUGCGCAUCCUCCAGACCCGGAGGAGAGGAGACCACCGGCCACCGGCAGAGACCGGGGUCCGCUGUGCGCCGUCGCCCACUCAGGAAACACCAAUUUGACUGUGGACAGACCUAAAGUAACCGUUCCGAGCCGGGAUAAAGCGAAAGGGUUUAGCAUUGAGAGCAUCUUGUCGAAAAGUGAAGACGACAUGCGCAGCGGGAUCCUCGGUUUGGCGGCGGACACGUGCGCGGAGGGUCCGGCUUUCGGUCCGUCGGUGGUCCUGGGCGCGCGUCCGCAUCAGCUGUACCACAUGGGCUUCCCUCUGUGCUCGUACCUGUCCCUCAGCUACCAAGACAAGGCUCUGCACUUUAAAUGACCGCAGUCCAUGGGCUCCAGUCCCUCUGUCUGACAGCAGGUGCAGACGGGUCCGGGUUCACAUGUGUGGGCUCUUAACGAGUAGAACCAGGUGACAAACCCUCUGUUACAAACGGGGAUUCUCCUUCUAUUAAUUAGUGAAAUGAAGUACAACACUAAAACAUGUUCCAUAAUUUUGCAUUUGAUCCAUUUUUAGAUCAAAAUAGUUCCACUCUGCGCUUUACUUUUUAUGACACAGGGCUACGGGAGGUCAAAUGGGACAAAAAA